GAAGUCAAACACGUGGCAGCUUGUAGGAUUAAUUAGCAAGUAGAAACGGAAGAAAGGAAAAGGAUAGCCACUAGUCAUUUAUUGCAAAGGGAAAACGAUGAAAUCCAAUGCAAUGGCAGCCUCUCCUUUCUUCUUCUUCUUCUUCUUCUUCUUCUUCUUCUUACAUUUUCGCCUUGCUGUAGUGUCCUGAUCCGCUCCCGCCCUCUUCCCACCACUACUUUCCUGUUAGAAGUCCCACUCCUUUAGCAGCCCAUUCCCCCAUUUCUUCGGCAAAGCCGUCAUGUCUUUAGCUACAACUCCAUCAACCACUAGCUGCAGCAGCAAUGGCGGCGCCAGAGGUUGCAGAAGGAGCUCCUACCCACGCUUCCCACUCCUCCAAGCUCCAAUUUCUCGAAUCAGUUUCGCUGCGGUGGGAAUCGCAAGAACCCAUCAAAACCCGCCAAUCGGCAGACGGAAUACUGCCCAUUUGGCGAAAGCAGCGGAGCAGCAGCAAUCAGACGCCGAGGAACCGAACAACAAGUACGAAGAGUAUGAAGUGGAGCUGGUUCAGCCCUACGGUCUGAAAUUCGCCAAGGGAAGAGACGGUGGGACUUACAUUGACGCGAUUGCCCCCGGUGGUGCAGCCGAUAAGACCGGCCUCUUCACCGUUGGUGACAGAGUCGUCGCUACCAGCGCCGUAUUUGGGACGGAGAUAUGGCCGGCGGCAGAGUACGGGAGGACGAUGUACACCAUUCGCCAACGAAUUGGCCCGUUGCUUAUGCGUAUGCAGAAGCGAUAUGGCAGCACGGAUUACUCGGGGGAGUUAACGGAGAAGGAGAUCAUAAGAGCUGAGAGGAACUCUGGUGUUGUGAGCAACAAAGUUAGAGAGAUUCAACUCCAAAACUACAUGAAGAAAAUGGAGCAGAAACAGCAAAGAGCAGACGAUCUUCGUGUCGGUCUCCAACUUUACAAGGAGGCGAAAUAUGAGGAGGCACUGGAGAAGUUCGAGUCGGUGUUGGGGUCUAAGCCGGAGCUAGAUGAAGCUGCUGUGGCCAGUUACAAUGUUGCAUGCUGUUACUCCAAGCUCGACCAGGUCCAAGCUGGCCUCUCUGCCCUUGAGGAAGCGAUGAAAUCCGGGUUCGAGGACUUCAAGAGAAUCAGGACAGAUCCAGACUUGACUAAUGUGAGAGCAUCCCCUGGCUUUGAUCCUCUUAUCAAGAGAUUUGACGAAUCCUUCAUCAAUGAGAACGCAAUCAAUGCCAUCAAGUCCCUCUUUGGUUUCAAGAGCAAAUAACCAACAGCUCACCUCGGAUUCCUACAGCAUCAGUUUCUUUAGCCUUGUGGUUGGCAUGCUAGGAAAGACUAAAAGCACUCUGCACUUUGUAUAAAGACAAGAUUGGCAG